AGUAGUGAGGUUAGGAUUUUGGUCGUAUUUACUUCGGUGGCGUCAAGAAAAAUCUUUAUAAAUGGGAUCCUUAGAGAAACCUGAAUUUGUAGAAUCUACAUAUUUAGCGCCUUUAAUUGCGGGCGCGUUGGCAGGGAUCUCGGUAGAUGUGGCGCUAUAUCCCCUGGAUACGCUAAAAACGCGGCUGCAGAGUGAACAGGGCUUCCACAAAGCUGGAGGCUUCAGAGGAGUGUAUAAAGGGCUACUAACAGUGGCAACAACUUCCAUGCCAACGACAGCCCUGUUCUUCAUGUCAUAUGAGGCUACGAAGAAGCUGGGCGAGCCCCUGGUGGCCCCGCAGUAUGCUCUGCUGGUACACAGCACUGCUGCUUGUGUUGCUGAAGUGUUAGCGUGUGUAAUCCGAGUGCCGACCGAGAUUGCCAAGCAGCGCAAGCAGACGUACGUUGGCAGCGAAAAAAAGAGCAGCAUCCGAAUAUUACUUAAGGCGUACCAAACCGAGGGUAUCCGGCGAGGCGUGUACCGCGGGUUCUUCUCAACGGUCGCCCGGGACCUGCCGUUCAGCUUCCUAGAGCUGCCUUUAUGGGAGUUCCUCAAGGCGCAGGUGCGGCAACAUAACGGCGGGGAUAUUACGAGCUUUCAAAGUGCAGUGUGCGGGUCGGUAGCGGGCGGGCUGGCGGCCGCGGCCACCGCGCCGCUCGACCUGGCCAAGACGCGCAUCAUGCUGGCGGAAGACUACGCGCACACGCAACUCAGGAUCAAGCCCGUGCUGCGCAGCAUAUACGCCUCGGCUGGUGUGCGCGGCUUGUUCGCCGGCGUGGCGCCGCGGCUCGCGGCCUUCAUGGCGGGCGGGUUCGUGUUCUUCGGCGUCUACGACCACACCAAACUUACGAUCAACAACUAUAUGGGCAGCUAA